CCCAUGUCGAGAGACGUGCGGUGCGGAGUGUGUAAUCCAACCCUAUCCAAGCACCCGCUGGGGGAGGAGAGUCUAGAUUGACAUAUCGAUAAGCCAAAAAUAAAUAAAUAAAUAAACAAGCGACAAGGGGAAGGAGAAAAGAAAAUUCCCUCUGCCUUUUCCUCUUCCACAGCAUCUUGCGCUGCGCAGUGUUGGCGACACCACCGGGGAGCGGUGCGCAUUUUCUGUCGAUCAGAGGGGAGGACCAGAGCGUCUGAAGCGGCACUUCUGAGCCGAAACGGACACAUCAGAGAGGAAAGAAACACUGCAAUCUGACAACCCAGUGGGACAUUGCGGGUUCUUCACUUAUUUUGAGAGGUGUUUUUUUUUUAAUGCACUGACGCGGGAGGAAAGGCAGCCAAACCUGAUGCCCCCUCCAAACGGGAUAUUUGACCGACCUAUGGAGUGUUGAUUUACGUUCCGUCAUUUUCCAAGAAUACUUUUUGGACAAUCAGAGCUUGCACCGCAUUUUUCAUCGGCCUGUUUUUUAAGUAAAUUGCUGCGGGCUGAGCAAAUAGCUUUCAUUGCCGGUUGCGUGUUACAUAACCGAGUGGCAUUAGCUGUCCAAGGUGCUGAACUGAACGGUCGGAACCUAUAACGGGACGAGCCGAGGGGAAUUCACAACCUUGCAAGGUCACAGGCCUAUCAACCGGGGAAGAGGAAAGCACGGGAUCCUCUCACUGAACCACCGGGAAGCCGCCGGGUUAUAUUCAUAUAUUUUUUUUCAUCGUCCCGUGGUGAAAUACAUUCCUGAGGUGGUCGAUUCAACGGAGAGAAAAUGUCGGGGCAAACGCUCACGGAUCGCAUUGCCGCUGCGCAAUACCAGCUAACGGGAUCAGAUAUGGCCCGGGCUGUCUGCAAAGCCACCACUCAUGAAGUGAUGGCGCCCAAGAAAAAGCACCUGGAGUACCUGGUGUCAGCCACCAAUACCACCAACGUGAACAUCCCUCAGAUGGCUGACACACUGUUUGAGCGAGCCACCAAUGCCAGCUGGGUGGUUGUCUUCAAGGCCCUCGUCACCAGUCAUCACAUGUGUGUCCACGGCAACGAGAGGUUCAUUCAGUACUUGGCUUCCAGGACCUCCUUGUUUAACCUCAGCAAUUUUAUCGACAAAACCGGCUCUCACGGCUAUGACAUGUCUACAUUCAUCAGACGGUAUGGACGAUACCUGAACGAGAAAGCCUUCGCCUACCGCCAGAUGGCUUUUGAUUUCACCAGAGUCAAGAAGGGUGCUGAGGGCGUGAUGAGGACCAUGACCACUGAGAAGCUGUUGAAAGGCAUGCCAGUUCUGCAGACUCAAAUCGACACACUCCUGGAGUUUGAUGUUCAUCCCAAGGAGCUGAACAAUGGGAUCAUCAAUGCUGCAUUUCUGCUUCUCUUCAAGGACCUGGUCAAACUGUUUGCAUCCUACAAUGACGGAAUCAUCAACCUAUUAGAAAAAUACUUCAAGAUGAAGAAGAGUGACUGUAAGGAGGCCUUGGAGAUCUACAAGAGGUUCCUGACCAGGGUGACAAAGAUUGGGGAAUUCAUGAAGCUGGCUGAGACAGUUGGAGUUGACAAAAACGACAUUCCUGACAUCAACUAUGCUCCCAGCAGUAUCCUGGAGAGUCUGGAAACACAUAUGAACGGUCUGGAGGAUACAAAGGGUGGAAAGAAGGGUGAAGGGUCUCCAACAAAGGGGUCUCCGACAAACAAUGUGUCCCCAACGUCGACCCCAGCCAAAUCUUCAAAUGCUGUCCCCACACUGCAGCCUCCUCCUGGGGAGAGUGCUGCUGCUGCUGCUGCUCCUGAGCCAGCUGAAGAUUCCUUGUUGGACCUGGACCCACUGUCCUCCUCGGGUCCCUCAGGACCAUCAGCUGCCCCCACGUCUUGGGGAGAUCUUCUUGGAUCAGAAAUGGGCGAUUCCUUGCUAUCUGAACCCACCCUCACGGCAGAGCCCGCCCCCUCCUCUGCAGCAGCAACGCCCACUCCUGCAGCGGCAGAACCCGGAGUCUCUCUAGCUCCUCCCACUAGCUCAGCAGCCGCCACCUCCCCUGGCACCGCCAAUAUGGAUCUGUUGGGAGAUGCCUUUGCAACACCUGCUCCUGCCACUGAGGCCUCUGCAGCAGCAGCUGAAGGUGGAGCUGCCGCUACGUCCGCCCCAGCCGCCAACGCUGGAGCUGACCCCUUUGCUCCCUCGGAAGGUAGCACCAACGCAGCGUCUUCAGGUCUAGACCUUUUCGGCAUGAUGACAGUGGAUAAUAAUAACCUGGGUACUUCACUUGAUACCUGUUUUAGCUCCAUGGUGCCCCAGGCCUCCCCCUCCCCUUCCCCUUCACCGCUCUUCAUCUCCGCAUCCAGCACCAUCACCACCACUGCAACCAUUUCAGCUCCCAUUGCCCCCAGCGCUGCCAACCCUGCGACUGACCUUUUCAGUGAUUUCUUUGAUUCCAUGCCAGACACAAGCUUCACCAAAGCAGACUCCGCUCCCAGUGUUGACUUGUUUACAGCAGCAGAUGUGUUCAGCUCCCCUGCCCCCGUCCUCUCCUCCGCACCCCCACCCAAAAUUGACACAGGAGCCACAAUGACCCUGUUUGGUGAGUCCACAGGAGGAGAUACCACGGCUGCUGCUCCUGCUGCUCCCGGCGCUGAGCUCAUGUCAGUAUUUGAUGGACUAGGGGAUGUAAUGAAGCCCACUGUCACCCCUCAGGCGGGUGAUGUUGACACCUCCAUGGCUAACAUGGCAAGUAAUCUCACGAUGGGGACUGCAGCGGCCCCUCAGGUAGCUCCCCCGUGUUGGGGUGCUCCCAUGACCGUACCCAUGGGUGUCCCUCCUUUUAUGGGGACUCACCCCAGCUUCAGCAUGCCUGGGGCACCAGGAGCUCCCAUGAUGCCCAUGGUCAGGCCAGGCUUCCCUACCACCGGAGCAACUCCAGGAGCACCGAUGUCUCCCGGAGUGGCCCAGAGCCCGAGAAAGCCUCCACCACCAAGGAACGCCCUGGAUGACCUCAACAUUAAGGACUUCAUGUAGACUGACUGACCUGUAAACCCCCAAGGUUUGUCAUUGUGUCUGGAGCUCUGUGGAUGUCUGCACUUCCCCACUGCCUUCCCUUCAGUCAUGCCCCAGCCCCUUCAGCCAACCAGCCAUUACAUCUUCGACCUUUUCUCUCAUACCAGCUGCGACCCCUAAAAAAACCUGCCCUCCUUAUCUAAUGUUGUAGCACAACUGUGAAUGUGAACCCUAGAUACAGAAAAACAAAAUUCUGUUUAUGUGUGUGUGGGUGUGUGUGUAAUUCAGUGUUAACCUUUACUUAAUAUACUAUGGAAAAAUGAACAAAAAAAAUAAUAAAUGUGUAUUUAGAUUCAUUCUGGAUUUCCGCAUAUCAGCUGACUUGGAAUGGUGGAUAUUUGUUGGUUUCUUUGCGCAUCUCCCAGACGAGGACUGUGUUGUUAAAUGUGGACUGUAUUCGGUGUGUGUAACUUCACUGGCCAACCCCAACUCCCACUCCUCUACCCUGUUGUCCAAACUAAUACUGAGCUAUGUUUAUGUCAUUAAAAACUUGGUUGUACCUGUAUCUGCUUGGCCAUCCAUCCUCCCACCUGUCUACUUCAAGUUUUUGGAGAACAAUUCUUGAUCAAAAUGUACCUGAAAACAACUUGCACUGCAAAUCUGGAUUUAUCAUCGAACACAUCACGUUGUGUUCAGUUUCAUUUUUACUUUAUCUUUUUUUAGGGACUCUAUGAAACAUGCAAACAUUUGUGACUGUGUUCAAAUUGACAUAUGCAUUUCAGACUAUUUUAAAUGAUAGAUUAUACAUAUUUUCUUUGAUGUUUAUUUUGAGAGAAAAAAAUGUAUCAUAUAUUUUUAGUUAUGUCAAAUUAUAUGGUUGGAAAAAAAAGGCAAGUAGACUAAAAAUAUUUCCACCUUCUUUGUACAUACCUCUCAAUCUGUAAUCAAAGGCAGUAUUGAAUGGAAACUUUGCCCCAACUGUUUACUGUUGCGCCCUCUGCUGGUGUGGAGUGAUACUGCAUCGUAGCAUGCAACACAGGCCGAUAUGGGAUGCAUUCUAAUGCUCUCAGAGAGCUCCUUUCCUAGCAUUUGUGUAUAUGAUUGGAAUGUGGCCUCAGUCCUCUUUGGGUCAUUUGUGACGUAGGAGCGGUCGGUACGUUUGAUCAUGUACUGUCACUGGAAGUCUUGAGGACUCUCACUGUAAAGCACUGAAGUAUACGCUGGAUGUUCUGUGUGUUGUUUAUUUCCAAAAGUGACUGUAUCUUAAUCCAUUGUGGCAAUGACAAAAGUGUUGAAAGAAAAAUAAAGUUGACUACGACACAUAAAAACUAAAA